CACACAGGAAACUACGGAGCUCACGAGGUAGCAUUAGCUCCUCUUAGAAGGUAGUUUGAAAACAGGUUUGGUGUUUUCGGUAAAUAUUUCCGUGUUUUCAGUGAAAAUGUCUUCAGUUCCGCCUCAGAGAGAGUUUAUCAACGAGCAGGUAACUCCUGCUGGAGAAACAUUCACAGAGUGGAAAGAAAUCAACGUUAAGAUGGAGGAAGAGAUGGAGGAUCAGCGCAGACUGAUGGAUUUUACCCGGAUACCGAGGAUCAUCUUACACCGGAUAGAUCUUCCACAAUGUUGUGUGUGUGAAGAGGAGGAGGUUCUCAAUGAAACAGAACCACAGAGGAACCAACUCAUCUCUCAUGGCUCUGCAGAAACUGAGAACCAAAAUCAGGAAGGAAUCAAUUCUGAAGACCCAGGAAAAAAGAGAAAGGAAGAACAAAAACAAAAGGAGAAAUAUGAGAAAACCAAAGAGCAGGAAGGCAGAACUGACACUUCAAAACAAGAAAAGCACAAGAAAGCUCACGCAGGGCAAAAAUUAUAUUCUUGUAAAAUUUGUGAUAAAAACUUUUCUCGAAACAAUAUCUUGCUAAGACACAGAAGAAUUCACAAAGAUGAGCGGCCUUUCUCCUGUGGAUCCUGUGGAAAGAGUUUCUCUCGAAAGGACGUUCUAAAUGUCCACAUGAAAACUCACACAGGUGAGAAGCCUUUCUCUUGUGGGUCUUGUGGAAGAAGUUUCUCCCUAAAAACUAAUUUAAAUGUCCACAUGAGAAUUCACACAGAUGAGAAGCCUUUCUCUUGUGGGUCUUGUGGAAGAAGUUUCUCUCGCAAAGAUUAUUUAAAUGUUCAUAUGAAAAUUCACAAUGGUGAGAGGCCUUUCUCUUGUGGGUCUUGUGGAAGAGGUUUCUCCCUAAAAACUAAUUUAAAUGUUCACAUGAGAAUUCACACAGGUGAGAAGCCUUUCUCCUGUGGAUCCUGUGGAAAGAGUUUCUCUCGAAAGGACGUUCUAAAUGUCCACAUGAAAACUCACACAGGUGAGAAGCCUUUCUCAUGUGGGUCUUGUGGAAGAAGUUUCUCCCUAAAAACUAAUUUAAAUGUCCACAUGAUAACUCACACAGAUGAGAAGCCUUUCUCUUGUGGGUCUUGUGGAAGAAGUUUCUCUCGCAAAGGUUAUUUAAAUGUUCAUAUGAAAAUUCACAAUGGUGAGAGGCCUUUCUCUUGUGGGUCUUGUGGAAGAGGUUUCUCCCUAAAAACUCAUUUAAAUGCUCAUAUGAAGGUUCACACAGGUGAGAGGCCCUUCUCAUGUGGGACCUGUGGAAAGAGUUACAGUGAAAGAGGGACUUUAACUCGGCACAUUAGAAUUCACACAGGUGAGAAGCCUUUCGCUUGUGGGAUCUGUGGAAAGAGUUACAGUGAAAAACGAACUUUAACUCAUCACAUGAGAAUUCACACAGGUGAGAAGCCUUUCGCUUGUGGGAUCUGCGGAAAGAGUUACAGUGAAAAACGUACUUUAACUCAUCACAUGAGAAUUCACACAGGUGAGAAGCCUUUCUCUUGUGGGAUCUGUGGAAAGAGUUACAGUGAAAAACAUACUUUAACUAAUCACAUGAGAAUUCACACAGAUGAGAAGCCUUUCUCUUGUGGGUCGUGUGGAAAACGUUUCUCUCAAAAAGGUGUUUUAAAAGUUCACAUGAGAAUUCACACGGGUGAGAAGUCUUUCUCUUGUGGGUCGUGUGGAAAACGUUUCUCUCAAAAAGGUGUUUUAAAAGUUCACAUGAGAAUUCACACAGGAGAGAAGCCUUUCUCUUGUGGGAGUUGUGGAAAAAGUUUCACACAAAAAGAACAAUUAUCUUAUCACCUGAGAAUUCACACAGGUGAGAAGCCUUUCUCUUGUGGGACUUGUGGAAAAAGUUUCACCCUGAAAAGAACUUUAAAUGAUCAUAUGACAAUUCACACAGGUGAGAAGCCAUUCUCAUGUUGGAGUUGUGGAAAAAGUUACAGUAACAGAAGUUAUUUAUCUCGUCACAUGAAGACUCACUCUGAUGAGAAUCCAUAGGUCCAAAACAGAUCCGAUCCAAUUUGGCAUCUAAUCUUAUGGAAAAUCUGGUCAGAUGAUGUAAACAGCAAGUUGAACAUAUUAAAGUCAACAGAUUCUUGCAGGCUGCUAGUGAUUCACUGUGAUUGUGUCUUUCACUGUCUGACCAAGAUAAACCUGAGGUCUACUUUUGCCUAGCAGCUUGUUUUCCUUAAUCCAGUUUUUUGUUUUUAUUCUCAGUCGUAUUUGUACUUAAGAUCCCCAUCAGUAUCCCAUUAGAUACUGAAGUUAAAGAGGGGAACACAUUCAGACAGGAUUAAUUUCUGUGCAUUUCAGUUUUCAUGGAGUUCUGUACCAUGUAGAAUAAUUGAGUUUAGCUUUUAUUUGAAGUUUCUGUGUAUGACUGGAUGUAAAAUACUUUAGAAAUGAAAGCAGUGAAAUGUUCUUGUUUUUCCAUAAAUAAAACUCUGAUGUUUGUUUGAAAAAAAUCUCUAAAAUAAUUUUGAUCUGGUCAGAUUUUGAUUUAGAGCUAACCACAAAGAGGUUUUUAUUUUCCCAAAUUUUUGUCAUUGUUACACUUUGCUAUGAGAAGAAAAGUAUAUUAUUAAAAAGGUAUGUUAAAAUAUACACUAGUAUUUUGAGCAGAAUAUACUUUUUAACAACUGUUGACUUGAAUAAAUAUUGAUGGAUUAUUCA